CUAGAGAGAACUAAGGCGUGCGGAGUGCUGAUGACCAGCACCAUGCUUCUUAUGCUUGGAUCUUAAGAUUCCCCCCCUCACUAAACACAUUGCUUGAUAACCGUUCCUGGGCAUCAGAAGGCAAAAGGAGGAAGAGUGAAUCUUCAGCCGAGUGGACUAAGAUCAGCAAAAGAGUCAGAGAGUGAGAGAGAAAGAGAGAGAGAGAGAAAGAGAGAGAGAGAGAGAGAGAAACAGAGUGGGUGCUUUGCUUGCACAGCGGCAAAGUGGGAAUUUAAAGAACUGCAGUGAAAAAGAACCCAGAGCUUCCCCAACCACAACACAGGCAUAACCUCGCAGAAUUACACAGCCAGGUAGAAAUGACAUCUACGGGCAAAGAAGGCAGCGGAGCUCAGCACGCACAAUAUGUUGGACCCUACCGCUUGGAGAAAACCCUGGGCAAAGGACAGACAGGGCUUGUGAAGUUGGGGGUUCACUGUGUAACAUGUCAAAAGGUCGCUAUAAAAAUUGUCAACAGAGAGAAGCUCAGUGAGUCGGUGCUAAUGAAGGUGGAGCGAGAAAUAGCCAUCCUGAAGUUGAUAGAACACCCCCAUGUUUUAAAGCUGCACGAUGUUUACGAAAACAAAAAAUAUUUGUAUUUGGUGCUAGAACAUGUGUCUGGUGGAGAGCUCUUUGACUAUCUUGUAAAGAAGGGAAGAUUAACGCCAAAAGAAGCUAGAAAGUUUUUCCGACAAAUCAUCUCUGCUUUAGAUUUUUGUCAUAGUCAUUCUAUAUGCCACAGGGAUUUAAAACCUGAAAAUCUAUUGCUGGAUGAAAAGAAUAACAUCCGGAUAGCAGACUUUGGGAUGGCAUCACUUCAAGUUGGGGACAGUUUGCUUGAAACAAGCUGUGGAUCACCGCAUUACGCCUGCCCAGAAGUAAUCCGGGGAGAAAAGUAUGAUGGGAGAAAAGCAGACGUCUGGAGCUGUGGAGUCAUUUUAUUUGCAUUGUUAGUGGGCGCUCUACCAUUCGAUGAUGAUAACUUGCGGCAGCUGCUGGAGAAAGUGAAACGUGGUGUGUUCCAUAUGCCACAUUUCAUCCCCCCAGACUGUCAGAACCUCUUGCGAGGGAUGAUUGAAGUGGAUGCCUCGAAACGGCUGACGCUAGAACACAUUCAGAAGCACAUAUGGUAUAUAGGGGGCAAGAAUGAGCCAGAACCAGAACAGCCCAUUCCUCGAAAGGUGCAGAUUCGCUCCCUCCCUUCCUUGGAAGACAUUGAUCCUGAUGUUUUAGACAGCAUGCACUCAUUAGGUUGCUUCCGUGAUAGAAAUAAACUCUUACAGGACUUGUUAUCAGAAGAAGAGAACCAAGAGAAAAUGAUUUAUUUUCUUCUCCUUGAUCGGAAAGAGAGAUAUCCCAGUCACGAAGAUGAGGACCUACCUCCUAGAAACGAAAUAGACCCCCCUAGAAAACGUGUGGACUCUCCAAUGCUGAACAGACAUGGGAAGCGGAGGCCGGAGAGGAAAUCGAUGGAGGUUCUGAGUGUGACAGAUGGAGGAUCACCAGUUCCAGCUCGCAGAGCAAUUGAAAUGGCACAGCAUGGACAGAGUAAAACAAUGUUCAGUAAAAGCCUGGAUAUCUGUGACGCCAAUCCCAAAUUCAACAAAGAAGAAAGGAUGACGAGUGCUGACGCAUUGGGGUCUCGUUCAAUCAGUGGAGCAUCAUCUGGCCUGUCCACCAGCCCCCUUAGCAGUCCAAGGGUCACCCCUCACCCCUCUCCAAGGGGCAGUCCCCUCCCUACCCCCAAGGGGACACCUGUCCAUACGCCAAAGGAGAGCCCAGCAGGCACACCCAACCCUACGCCACCAUCCAGUCCCAGCAUUGGAGGAAUGCCCUGGAGAACACGGCUCAACUCGAUCAAGAACAGCUUCCUGGGAUCUCCUCGAUUCCAUCGCAGGAAAUUGCAAGUACCAACUCCAGAAGAGAUGUCCAAUUUAACUCCAGAAUCUUCCCCAGAGCUUGCCAAAAAGUCUUGGUUUGGUAACUUUAUCAACCUGGAGAAAGAAGAACAGAUCUUUGUGGUUAUUAAGGACAAACCACUGAGUUCCAUCAAGGCUGACAUAGUUCAUGCAUUCCUCUCGAUUCCCAGUCUCAGUCAUAGCGUCAUCUCACAGACAAGCUUCCGUGCAGAGUACAAAUCCACGGGAGGCCCAGCUGUCUUUCAGAAGCCAGUGAAGUUCCAAGUGGACAUAACAUACACAGAAGGUGGGGAAGCCCAGAAAGAGAAUGGGAUCUACUCAGUCACUUUCACGCUUUUAUCAGGUCCAAGCCGUCGCUUUAAGAGGGUAGUAGAAACCAUUCAGGCACAGUUGUUAAGCACACAUGACCAGCCUUCAGUGCAGCAGUUAUCAGACACCACUAACUGUUUGGAGUUGAUGACUGGGAGACUUUCCAAAUGUGGAAUUAUCCCGAAAAGUUAACAUGUCAGCCAACAGCUUCACCUUCUGUGCUCUGCGAACACUUGUUCACGGAAGGCCACUGAUGUAAGACUGUCCACGGACUGGUUCUUUUUGGGGACUCCCAGCCUCCCCUCUCCCACUGCAGGAAAUGGGUCUCCUCCCUUCCACUCGCCCUCAACACACACUUUUCUUUUGGUGCUGUGCGCUGGAGAAUUGCUCAGUUUUGAAACUGCACAGCUGGAAUUACUGGAAUGGCAUUUUAGCCCUUGACAACACACUUCCCCACUGGCACAUCCGGACUACAGUGGGGGCGGGGGGAAUGUUAUAUGACAUAUUCAAGCUGUGUUCUCAUCCAACAUUAAGGAGUUUCAUCAGAGGGUUUGUCCUCAAAUAUUUUUUCCCCUGUCCCUGUUCUCCCUUCCCUAUCCCUUUUCAAAUUGUGUUUACGUUUUUAUAAUCUCAAAACUUCUUUUCAACCUGCUGGAGGGGCAGGAAAUAAACUUAGGGAAAUCUACAAAAUGAACAUCAAACAGAUAUGAACAUGAUACUUAGGGGAAAGGCAACCUUCGGCAACAAAGAGGAGGGAUGAGAAUCCACCUGUGUGAGGACAAUAUCUUCUGCUGCCAAGCACUGUUGCCGCUACCACCGCUGCUGCUGCUUUUUCUCCUCCUCUCCUCAACCCACUCCCUCCUGCCCUCUUUCCUUCUGCAUUGGGACUUUGUUCCACCAGCUGAAUUCUGUGCUGCAUCGUGCAUUUGAAUGCAACUGUUGUGUCGUUAGCGCUGCAUUGAUAUAUCAGUAUUAUUUAUUUGCUGGUUUAAUUUUUAUUUAUUUAUUUAUUUAUCUGUUUAUUUAUUUGGGUUGUUAUUUUUAAAAUGCAAAAGAAAGAACAUAAGAGUAUUUUUUUUCUCCCGUGUGUGCGUGCGUGUGUACAACCACUGGUACUUAGUUCAUCUGAGCAAGAUAUGGAGGAGAUAGCACUAUGGGCGAGUUAAACACAAAGCUACUGUAAACUUUUAAAAGUAUUGCAAGAUAUUUUUAUACACUUUUUUUUUUUCAAAAGUGGGUGGGUGGGCUGGAAGUUUCUCAUGUGUGUUUAAAUUAUUAUUAGGUCAUUAUUAUUUAUGAUGCAUAUAUAUAUUUAAAAAUUUAAGCUGUUAGGUAUAUCUUCUGCUUUCAUUACUGUGUAGAGGUAACACUGAUUCCUAUGUUUUGGGGGGAGGAGGAAAAAAGAAUGACAAGACCAUUUAACUUGUUCCUCUCACCAAUAUUCCAGAUUUUAUUUUGUGUCUGUCUAUUUUUUGUAAAGUUUUUUUCCCCUCUCCAGUUGUUUCACAAUCAAGUAUAACUUAAUCUGGCCCACAUUCAAAGGUUUUAAAAACCAUGAUCAUUUGUGUCAAAAGACCAAAAAAAAGAAAAAGAAAAAAAAGCAGGAGACAUUCUCCUUCACUGAUAUUUUUAAAAUGUAGAUUUAGUAUUAGUGUUCGAUUCUCUUAUUAUCUUCAAUUGCUAUUUGUUGGGUUCCUAUGAGUGUAUGUUGUACUGCAAGUUUUUUAAUGAUGGUAUUAAAUUUCUCCUUCAUGCUUUUCUUUCUUUUUAUAUUUUCUUUACUUUUUAUCUUCGUUCUUUAUGGGCUUUCCCCCCUUCUUCUCUCCUUCUUGGACCUUUUUUUUCUUGUACAUAGGUUUGAAGAAAAGAACUUUUUUAAAAAAGACACAAAAAUGGGAGGGUGUUUUUUCUUUGUUUUUUCCUAAUCUGAAACAUUUCUCUUGUAUUGCUGUGUGCAUGUCAGACACUGGGAGGGUGAUGGCUGGGGAUGGAGAGAGGUGAGGAUGCAAGAGGUUUGGAGGCAGUUUUAAUUGCAUGAUAUUGCUGUAAAUUAGUCUCUUUUGCUUUCAUUGUCUUUUCUGCCUCCACCUACUCCUUCCCUCCCCCCCCAAGCUUCCCUUCUGCCACCCUCAGCCCUCCCCCCUCUUUUCUCUUCCCUUGUGUAUAGAUUUUGAUGCUUCUGUUACAUUGUACCUCUACAAAAGGCUGGGAUUUCAAUACAAAAUACUACUAAUAAUAUUAAUAAUACAACAAAACCCAUAUGGUACAAGCAGGAAGGAGAUUACUUACACAAGACAUAAGAAUAAAUGAAAGCAAUACCUCUUGUUAUCCUUCCUAUUUUGUACUUUGAAGACACAAACACACACACACACACACACACACACACACAUACACACACACUCACACACAUAUGGACACAAACUGACAUCCUUUAACAGUUAAAAUGGACAAAAAACUUUCUGAUGUAUCUCUUGUUAAAUAACUGUGAGCAACUUUAGUUCAAAAACAAUAAAUCCAUUCAGUAAAGAUA